AUAUAGAGCCUUGCGGAGGGGUCAGAGGGCAACAGUCUUCUAUCAGCAAGGGCACCAUGCACAUGUACUACUCCUCAGUGCUGCUCCUUCUGCUUCCUUUUGUGAUACUGGAGCUCUGUGCAGCCAAGCCUUGGUGGCCCUCAAACGAUGUCGGCUACGAUGCCAGUCUCGAUCCGGUGGCCUGGUCCCGCGCCUUUGUCCAGGAAAAAGUGCGCACAUCCCGCAGGAACAAGAACCGGCACCAGCAGUCCACCGACUGGUGGUACCAUACACCCUCUGCUCCCGAGCCGACGGCAGCUCCUAUGAACUUUGUGAACAAAAAUAGCUACAGGAGAUUCCUGAAGAGACGCCGCAAGCUGGUAGCACGUGAGCAUUACCUACAGAGGCAUCCACACUCAUAUUCACAUUCAUAUCGACAUCGACAUUAGGUGCUAAGCGUACAUUAAUUUCUAGUAAUUAGCGCAUUAAACAAAAGUCCAAGAAGAAGGCCCAAACAA